AUGAGGGCAUCUGUGGCAACGACUCAGACCUUCACCCAGAAGUGCGAUAAGUGUCAGCGAUUUGCCAACAUCCCACAACUUCUAGCUGAGCCAUUGACAGCCAUGGUCAGUCCUUGGCCAUUCGCCCAAUGGGGACUUGACCUCAUCAGACCUAUGCCUGAGGGCAAGGGCCAAGUCAAGUAUGCAGUUGUAGCUGUGGACUAUUUCACCAAGUGGGCUGAAGCUGAAGCCUUAGCCAGCAUCACUGCAGCUCGCAUUGAAACUUUUGUUUAG